GGCGCGUCCCUCACCUCUUGGAGGGAAUUAGCUUCCGAGGCCGAGAAGGGAGGGGAUUCGGCCUCGGGAGGGUGGGGGGCGUGACAUGUCUCUCGAAGAUCCUUUUUUUGUAGUCCGAGGGUGAGUGACAGCGAUGCGGCAGGACACGGGAUAUCGUGUCCCCUUGCCAAUUAGUGCCCGCGUGCCAGCCGGUGCAUGUCAGGCAUUCUGGGCACCGCCGUCGGGAUCGCCCCGUGGCCAUGUGGGAGGGGUCCGCAGGGGGAUAUGAGGGUCUCCUGAGCUCUCCACCUGUUUGGGGGCGUAAUGGUGGGCGGGAGGACCGCCUACUCCCCCCGGCCAGCCGCGCCCGCUGUGCCCCUGCCCGCAGCGAGGUGCAGAAGGCGGUGAACACGGCCCGCGGGCUGUACCAGCGGUGGUGCGAGCUCGUGCAGGAGAGCGCGGUGGUCGGACGCGAGGAGCUGGACUGGACGACCAACGAGCUGCGGAAUGGCCUGCGCAGCAUCGAGUGGGACCUCGAAGACCUGGAGGAAACCAUUGGCAUAGUGGAAGCCAACCCCGGCAAGUUCAAGCUCCCAGCUGGAGACCUUCAGGAGAGAAAAGUGUUUGUGCAGAAGAUGCGGGAAGCAGUGCAGGAAAUGAAGGAUCAUAUGGUCAGCCCGGCAGCCGUAGCCUUCAUGGAGAGGAAUAACAGGGAGAUGCUGACAGGCAAGCCGGCCACUCUGAAGUCCUCCAGCGACUUGCUGGACGCCAGUGUGGUCUCGACCACCUCUCGCUACAUUGAAGAGCAGCAGGCCACACAGCAGCUGAUCCUGGACCAGCAGGAUCAACAGCUGGAAAUGGUGUCUGGGAGCAUCUCAGUUCUGAAACACAUGUCCGGCCGCGUUGGGGAGGAGCUGGACGAGCAGGGCAUUAUGCUGGACGCCUUUGCUCAGGAGAUGGACCACACCCAGUCCCGGAUGGAUGGGGUCCUUAGGAAGAUGGCCAAAAUAUCCCACAUGACCAGUGACCGCCGACAGUGGUGUGCCAUCGCGGUGCUGCUGGGGGUGCUGCUCCUGGUCCUCAUCCUCUUCUUCUCUCUCUGAUCCUGGUCCUCCCCAGGGGGCGGUCCCUCCAGCUGCGGGGAGCUGGCAGGGCCCUGCCCCCUGGGAGGACUGGGAGGUCAUGCCAGGAGAGCUGUCCCAAGGCUCUCAUCUAGAGAGGACCCUCAGGGCCCCGGGCUGGAGCCCCUGCCACCAGUCUGGUCUUAAGUGUACUUAGGAGGUGGUGGAGGAGGGGGACCUCAGACACACCCCUCUCCAUCUCUACUCCUCAAAGCCAUUGCUUUGCCCCUGUGCCUUCUACAUGUGCCAACUUAGAAAUAAAAUCCCAGCCUUUAUUAUA